ACGCCCAAAAUGUCUUAGUCUCUUGCUGCAUUCCUUGAGGUAUAGCAGUCGUUUCUCGUGUUAGAAUUGGAUUAGUUUAAAAUGUAGAUAGUAAUCACGUCAUUUCUUUGCCAGGCUUCUUGUUUGUACAUACACUACAAAAAGGCUUAGCAAGGCUAGUAAGAACGCAUAGUCACUGCAAUCACUUUAUUCAAAGACCAAGGGAACGUCCCCCUGUUGCUUUCAGUACCUAGUUAGGCUUACGCCUGUACAAUAGCCGACGCGUAAGAUGCAAAGAAACAGUGGCGAGUCUAGUGUACAUUGUUUCUCUCAACUAUGUGUUAUGAUAGCUAUGGUUUUAAUGCAAUCGCCCUUGUUAGACGAAUCGUUUUAUUAGUCAACCUGGUACUUCAGUCUAUUAACUGAAGAAAUCCGCUUCAACUUGUAAUUCAGUCUAUUAACUGAGGAGGUUUGUUUCAACUGGUACUUCAACUUAUUAACUGAAGAGAUUAGCUUCAACUCGGUCUAUUACCUGAGGAGAUUCGUUUCAACUUACUGGCUACAGCUACCAUGAAAUUCAGAAGUCUUGUAUGAUAUUACGACCCUAUCAAAAUCGAAUACUUUGUGUAUUGGUUUAAAACAGUACUUUGAGCUGAUGAAACAGUUCACAGUUUUUUAAAGAUAUUUAAGAACUUUUCGUGUGUUAAUUAAAUCACAAAGGUAGUGGGUGCUGUUAACAAUUUGGAUGUUAAACAGAGAUUAUGAUGACACCAAAAAGUCACUCAACAGACGGUUGUACAACAGUAUGGAAAGAAGUGAUUAUGAGGAACUUCAACAUCUUUCGGGAGCAGCCGCAACAUACCAAUGUGUCUUCUGGUAUCAUAGCAACCGCUUCAUCUGUGUCCGCAUCUCAGUCUACUAGAUCAACCAUGGCGUCCAGUUCUUCGUCGAAUAAAAACAGCGUAGAGCACGUCCAUGUGCGGUUAUCUCUUCCUGACGUGCACGUGUCAGAAGAAUCGGUCUCUCCAUCCCAGUCAAGCUAUUCCUUACCUACCGUCAGGAGGCGCUCUCCGGUUGUAAGCAGAGCUCGCUCUGUAGAUGCACGUGCCCAGCCAUACUUGCCACGUUUGUCCAUUUCAGAUCGAUCUGAUAGCCAGCAGUCAGAGACAACUAACGAACCUCGUACUCCCAUGUCCCCAUAUCACAGUUCUUUCUCACCGGUAACACUAUCACCGUUUCCGGAUAACUGUUUGCGACCUUCAUCCCCUACUCACGGCGGACGAUCACGGUCUCUGUCUCCAGUGUCGCCGUUAUUGUCCCCAGCUUAUGUUCAGGGCACAGAUUCACCUAACAACACUGGACCUGCGAGCCCAAUAGGAGCCAUCCAACCUGACUUAUAUAAGAAGAAGGACACGGUUUUCUUUCAGUCCUCGGACAGCCAGGACAAAGAUAAGUGUGGUCGACUCCAUUUACGACUAAAGUACGAUUUCAACCGAUCGGACCUUGUCGUCCACGUUAUUGAAGCUCUAGAUUUAGGAACAUUAUCAGAAAACGGUUUUAACGAUCCUUAUGUCAAAGUUGCUUUGAUACCGGAAGUCGACACAAAAACAAGGCAAACUGAAAUCCAGCGCAACUCUUCAGACCCAGUGUUCGACGAAAUGUUCAAGUUUCCAGUGUCGUACGACGACAUCCCAGGGAAGGUCCUCUUGUUGCAAGUUUUCGACUACGACAGAUUCUCGAGAAACGACGUCACGGGCGAGGUUCGGUUACAGAUGUGUGAUGUUGACAUUACUUCGGAGGUAGAAGUUUGGAGCGAAAUUUCUAAGACUGAUAGGGUGUCACUAGACAGACCAGAAAUCCUCAUAUCUCUCAGUUACUUGCCCUCUGCUGGUCGAUUGACUGUGGUUGUCCUGAAGGCUUCAAACUUAACGGCUCCAAAUUCAAAAGAACUACCUGACACAUACGUAAAAGUGACCCUCGUCUUUAAAGACAGGAAGACGAAGAAGAAGAAGACGGCGACGAAAAGAAAAUCUAAUAACCCUGUGUGGAACGAAGCUUUGAGUUUUGACAUGCCAGAAGAUGGCUUGAAACACUGUCGUCUGUCUGUCAACGUUAUGAACUGUCACCAUAGCAACAUGCCUCUCAUUGGAUCUUGUGUUAUUGGAAUGGAUGAGCAUGGCAGGGGUGCAACGCACUGGCAAGACAUGUUUCAUAAUCCACGUAAGACUAUAGCGAUGUGGCAUGGACUGCACAUAUGAUAACUAGACCCGUGAAAACAGAUUAUCUAUACAUAAUUCACUGUGAAUUCGAAAAAGAUUUAAGUUCAUGGCAAAAAAGAAUUUAUGUGUAUAUUCUGUAGAAAGUAUGUUUAGAACCACGUAUUAAAUAUUGUAUAUACUACUAAGCAAAUUGUAUAACUCACCAGUCGACUGUAUCUAGCUACGACUACUUUAGCACCCUCUACCGUUUGGAAAUAGAAAUGUUUAAAUAUUACUUUAUUUGCAGUGUAACCUAUUAUAGCUGUAUUCCUCUUAUUUUGCUUUCGAUAUUAUAUUAGUCACUGUAGGGAGUAAGUCGGUAUUACCGAAUCCUUUAUUAUAUUAGCCCUGUAUAGUUACAUAUAGAAUAAAAAAAAAUCUGUUGUGCAAUGAAGCCUUAUUUUAAGAACAAAACAUAUUAAAUCAACCUGACAUUAAUACUAGUUUUACUUGAACGUACUAACCAUUGCCACUGCUACACUCAGAGAGUUUUGUAUUCUUCAAAUUUUAUUCUUGAUAUUGAGCAUCUUUUAAUCACCCAAUUCUCUUCCGCUCUCUAUGGUCCAGUAGCUUUUUGAAUUUCCUCUGAGCAUUCGCUCAAACAGGGUUAUUUUUCAUGUUUUAAACCUUAACGUAUCACGUUCCACACAAAUAUUUGUUCUCCACAUCGCUAUUAGUAUUUCUUUUUUUUGUUUUCGUUUGAAACAAUAAAAAUGGUAUUGCACGUUCACUUACAAGUAUAGACCAUCGGUUUAGGUGCUACUGUGGUCCAUUCUGUCCCAAGUUUCAUUCUCCACAAGAUCCUAUAAAUUAAGAUAUAGUUUCGUAUUAAUUAUUCUCGAUAUAUGCUCCAUUAUGAAAUUCUUAAUCAUUAUUAUGUUUCUUCAUUUUCCCCAGGGAUCGUUAA